AUGACACGGACUGCGCCCAAAGAUUUCCAGACUUUAAUACCGGCGGGCUUCCUAAACGUCAGACCUACAAUACUGUCAUAUUGGGGCAACCAGCCUGGAACUCCUAUCCUACCGGGUAACCUCUUACCUAGCUUGUAUCGUAGUAUCGAGAAUUUCGCACGGAAAUGCCAGUAUGUCAGAAGCACAUUCAAGUGUUCUUAUCCCAAGCACAACACUGUCGGUUUCCUCAGAUUUGAUUCCCUUGAACUUUCCGACCCACAGCAUGGGGCCAACAACGCAACAGCCGAUCCCUCAAACAUUACUGAAAUUCCAAUUUUCAAUGCCACAAAUUCUUCCACGGAAGCGUACGAUGCAUCAGGUUCCCACCGGCCAAAAGUCUCUGUAAAGCACAGAUUCCAGGGAGGCCCAGUGCCUUACGGCAAUUACUUCGAAGGCCCCGCAGCGCUAACACUCAAUGUCGCUUUCCACGACAAAGCCACAAAAGUAGCAACAGAUAGCUCUAGGACAGUCAAUGGCGUAACGACAAGUAUCUGGUUAGGCCCACAGAGGACUAAGCUACCAGCUUUGUUGACAUAUAGGGACGUACUUGACAUGGUGCUAUGGGCGGGCCGAAAAGCUGUGGAUGAAUUCCAGGAGUUCAAACCAAGUAAUUUCAGGGAGGUCGUUGUGUCAGCUUAUUAUCAGACUGGGGCCACGAAGGAUCUCUGGCUUGGUGACUUGGAACUGAAGAGGGCUGAUGGUUCUGGAGAGCGAUUGUUGAACGCGUCGACCCCUGCAGCCGAUGUGGCGACUAAUGCCCCAGGACAGGUGGAAACGUCUUGA